CCUCACUUCCUGACCGUACAGCCUCACCUGCGCUGCGUGAGAGCCUGAGCCCGGGCGACAGGCAGGAAUGCAGCAGGCGGGACUGGCUCUCGCGGCCUUGGCUGCCUGUGUCGCUCUUUACCCUUCAGAAGCCAUACUUCCCAUUGCCUCCAGCUGCUGCACCGAGGUCUCCCAGCAUAUCUCCCGAAGGCUUCUGGAGAGAGUGAAUGUCUGUCGCAUCCAGAGAGCUGAUGGGGACUGUGACUUGGCAGCCGUCAUCCUGCACUUCAAGCGCAGAAGAAUCUGCGUCAGCCCACACAGUCGCACUGUUAAGCAGUGGAUGAAAGAUCAAGCAGGCAAGAGAAAUGCCAAAGGCCACAUCUGCCGCAAGAGGAGACACCACAACAAAAGGAGCGGUAACUCGGCCCCUCGUCGGGGGGACAAAGAACAGGGCCACGGAGCUCCUUCUCCGACACAGCAGCCCAGAUGACCCCGUGAACACCUUCCUGACGUGAGCGUGGCCAAGCUGGUUAUAAGUUUAUCAUGUGAAAGUUCCUUCUUGGGAGCCCACGGGGCCAAACAAAACAAUGUUUGUUGAAAGACACAAUGACACAGCAGGCAAAGGUAGCUGAUAAUACACUGAACUGAAAAAUGAAAUGAGGACCUAAUACUUAUCUUCACAUAGCAUUUUAAGAGCACAGGAUACAGAUACAGUUUCUUCAGCUUGGUCACAGUGAAGUUUUCCAAGCCUACAGAGAAGUGGAAAGGGCGGUACAAUGAUGCCUGUUUGUCAUCCAGAUGAAUCAUUGUUCAUGUUUUGCCCACUCGUUUUCUCUCUCUCUCUCUGUAUGUAUAUAAAACAUUAUAUAGAAGUAUAUACAUUUUUUGCUAAACUACUGGAAAUUAAGUUGCAAACAUCACGAUACUUCACUUCUACAUUUCUUUUUACUGUUACAACCAGUGUUCCUCAAGAAUAAAGACAUUUUCUAUAUAAUCACAUGAUCAGCUUUAUACGUAAAAAAAAUUACAGUUUCAGACCAAUAUAUGCCACAUUCAAAUUCGCCCAGCUAUUCCCGAAGUAUUUUAUAUAGUUUUUUCAAUCACUCAAUCAAGGUGUACAUAUUGCAAUUAAUUAUUAUAUUUCUUUAGUAUCUUUUAAUCUAAGAAAGUCUCUCUGCUUUUUUUCUUUCUUCCCAUGGCAAAGAUUUUUUCAAAGAAGUCUGUGGGUUUGUCUGUUCCCCAUGAGCGCACUGAGGUUCAACAUUUUCAGUAAGAACGCUUCCUG